AUGCCUGCUGGGAAUUGUAGUCUUCUGGCCUCAUUCGUUAUCCCGAAGCUCUUCGCGUUCACGAGGUUUUCAGAGAAGCUUUUGGAGCCUUCUUUUAACGUUGUGCCUGGUGUAAUAACAGAUUCCUCCAAAGAGAUGUGGCGAUUAAAUACCAGACAGGGCUUCUGUGUAGGAGAUGAACUUAUGGUAGAAAAGCUCAUCUCAGGUUCACUCUCCCCAGGGUUGAUGUCACCGACAGGCGUUAAGUUCACACAGCAAACGGCCAAGGACAAUUACAGUUUGGCUUUAAUAAAUAAUUCACCUGUGGAUGGAGAGCAGAGCAGUUUAGUGGCUCCUGCAGAAGCUUACACUUCUCUGUCUGUACCUGUGGAUACAAAGGCCGUGCUCUGCUGCCCUCCUAUCCUGUUGACAGCGGUGGUGGUAGCAACGUGGGAAAUCACCUUCAGAGACAACUCCUCCUGCACCAGAGCCUACAGGAGAGAUAACAACGAGACCAAGGACAGUAACUGUACAGACACGAGAAUAACCUGGGUCUCCAGACCUGACCAGAAUCCUGCCCUUCAGAUUGAUCCAGUGCCCACCACGCAUGAUGGGAACUACACGUGUGAAAUGGUCACACCCAAUGGGAAUUUCCGGCAUGGAUACUACCUCCAAGUGUUAGUGCCCCCUGAGGUGACCCUGCUUCAGAGUGGGAAUGGAACCACAGUGUGCAAGGCGGCUGCAGGGAAGCCGGCUGCACAGAUCUCCUGGACCCCAGAGGGGACUUGUGUCACUGAGCAGGAACACUGGGACGAUGGCACAGUGACGGUCCAGAGCACCUGUUCCUGGGAGGGCCACCGUGUGCCUAAUGUGUCCUGCUCUGUCUCUCAUGUGACUGGAAACAAGACUCUGUCCUUAGCACUGGACCCAGGUGUCAGAAUCUUGAGAUUUCCAGAAUCAUCCCUACUGAUCAUUCUCGGUAUGAAGUUCUCUCUUUUCCUGAUUAUUCUGGUCAUUGUGGUCAAGAAAAUAACCGAUUGCAGGAAGGAAUGAAGACUGAAAAAUAAAGACUCAUUAGAAAGAAAACAUUAUUGUAACACUGUGAGUUUACAAUGCCCUGGGAAAAACUUGAUGCACUUUUUGGCAUGUGUUUGUUCUUCCAGCCCUUUCUUUGUUGUAGGAAUUUUGUUAACAGUGGAGAGCCCAGGGGCACUGGGAUAAGAGCUUCUGCUCCCUUACAGUUUUUCCAUAAGAGACGCCUGUCCUGGGCCAGCCAGCCCGUGAGCAUUCUGUGGGGGAAAUGAAGUGCUUCUGGGGCUUCCUAAGUGUUUAUUUCCUUGUUUCUUUGCUUCUGAAGGCUUGUGUUCAUUCUUCCUUAAUUAUAUAUUUUAUGUUUUUUCCUAGAGCAUGAAAAUUUAAAAAUCUGGAAAUCAAUUUAGACCUGAUGAGAUAUCACAAAAAAAGCAGCUAGUUGUGAUCUACCUUCCAGCUGAACAUCUAGCUCGACUGCUCCUGUUACUUUUUGAUACCUCUGUGUUUAGGAGAAAAGAUAUGAUAGUCGGCAAGGCCAGCUUCAAACACUCAGCUCACACACACGUAUAUGUAUUCAUGAAAAAGUUUGCUGCUUAUCGUAAAUGCCUAGGAUGACUCACCUACUUUCCCCUUUGCCCUACCGAGCUAUUAUUUGCAAAUGAGAAACAACCCUGCUUCUGCCUAAAGAGGAACAUGGCCAGCGAAAGGCAAGCAGCAACGCUGUGCAGUUUGCCUACACCCCUUGGUUUCUUUGGAUGGUGCUUCCAUCCUAGCUUCUUGUUUUCUCUGCCCUCUUGAGAUGUUGCAGUGGCAGGAGCUGCUACAAACACUACCUCCAGGAUAGCCUGUAGCUGACCUUUCAUUCUUUGCAAGCCAACGGCUGGGGUAGUUGGAUUGCAU